AUGAAGGCCGUCUUUGCCACCAUUGCCACUCUGGCCCUCUCCGUCUUUGCUGCUCCCGCCGCGGCUGAGGUCAGCGCCGUCGCUGUCCGCAGCGCUGCUGUUGCCCAGCCCGAGUUUGCUGUUCUCAAGCGCGACCAGACCGCCGAGGACCUGAUCGAUGCCAUCAACAAGGCCACCGACAAUAUCAACACCAUUGGUGUCUCCAUCAACGUGACCAUUACGAAGGUCAAGUCUGGCGCCAUCAGUAAGCCAGAAGGCAUCAAGCUGGUCAACGAUGAGCUCCAGAAGCUCCUCAAAGAUAUCGGUGACAUUGGCUCUCAGUUUCUGGCUGCUGCUCGCGUCGCAGUCUCCAAGGAGACCAUCAAGGUCAUCUUGAAAGCCGUCGAGGCUUGGUUCCGCGCUGCCGUAUCUGUAUUCAGCGCCGUUCUCAUCAACUUCAGUGGCAGCAUCACUCUCUCUUUUACCAUUCACGUCGCUUUUAGCCUCUUUGUCAGCUUCCUCACGGGUCUUGCUGGCGUUUUCGGCAAGGAUAUCGUCCCCGGUCUUCUCGCCAUCUUCCAAGGGUUUGUCAAUGAGUUCAAGGGUUCCGCCGGUGUAGUUCUGGGCCCAUUCCUCAAGUUUAUUAUCCACUUUCUUCAAGGUCUCCCUGGCGGACAGUAA